AUGAUAUUUUUAUCAGUAGGCCUAGUUAAAAUAGAAUAUCACUGAUCUUCUUCAAUUUCAUGUUUAGGUUAACUAAACACAUAUCAAAUUUGUUUUUAAGGAAAUCCUUAUUUUCUUAUACAAGUCCUGUCUCAUACAACUGUGUGGAAGAUUUAAUUUUGACAGUGACUUUAUCUCAAUCUUGAAUAUUUGUGGACUAUUUUGUGAUUUGAUAAAUGCAAAUUUACACCUAUAUAUCAGUUUUUCUAGAAUAUUAUAUCAUGUACACAUACGCACAAGUGAUUUGAGGGCUUAGUUGAAUUAUUAUAAAAAAAAUUGACUUCAUAAGUCAUGAAAAUGGUUGUUAAUUAUAAAAGAGACAAGAGUUAUUUUCUGAUUUUAAUGAAAUUCUGUGUGAUUAUACAGAUUGCAAAUUCAGAAAUUCAAAUAAACAAGACCUUAAAAUAGUAAGCUUAGUUAAAAAUUAAAUAGUUUUAAGAUGACAAGUUCAAGGUUAAAUAUCAAACCUUUUGAAAGAAUGUGGGAUAAAGUUAAGAUUACAAGAAAACUGGGUAGCGGAGGAUUUGGAACUGUUUAUUUGAUGGAAAUAGGAAAUGAUAUAUACCAUUAUAUAUACCAGCUUGCUGUUAAGGAGAUCAAAUAUAGUGAUCAUGUAGAUGGAAUGAGAAUGAUGAAGGAAAUUGAAAUUAUGAAAAAUUUAAACCAUGGAAAUGUGGCUCGCAAACCUUCAAAUUAUCUCACAGAAUCAGAAGCUGUAAAAUUCGCGAGUCAGAUAGCAUCAGCUAUUAUGUAUUUACACCAGAAUAACAUUAUACAUCGUGAUAUUAAACCAGAGAAUAUUCUGUUAACAAUGGACCAGAAUGUCAAGCUUGCAGAUUAUGGAAUAUCAAAGCAGGUCGAAAAUUCAGUAGUCGCAGUGAAAACACAAUGUGGUACCUUGUUUUACAUGGCACCUGAAAUACUCAAUAGUCUACCAUAUAGUUAUAAGGCAGAUUGUUGGAGUUUUGGAUGUGUUUUGUAUGAAUUGAUGACGCUGCAAUACGCUUUUGGUGUCAUUUUUUUAGGAAAGUUCAACCCCCUGCCAUUCCUUGGGAUAUACAAUAAGGAUCUACACAACUUGGUACAUGGUUUACUGACUUCUGAUGUUAACCAACGCUUUAAUAUGGACAAUGUUUUAUAUGUUCUACAGAAGAUGGGGACAAUUGUUCCUCAAAAUCUACUGCUAGCACCAGUAAUUCUAAAUUUACCUUCCGAUAUUGGUGUAAUGGAAGCUCUCAAAAAUUUUAAAAUGGAACAAUAUCUGAAAGUCAAUCAGUAGUAUUGUUCCCAACUCACUAUCAAAAUUGGAUCCUUCCUAUGUGACUUCGCCCAAAAUCAAUUUUCAGAGUUCAACAAACUUAAGUUAAGGCUCCAUGAAAUUGAGAAGUCUGACUGCAUAUAAGACUUUUUAUAACUACAGAUGUCAAAGUAACUAAUUACUGUCAAUUUUUAAUGCCCAAACUAUUUAAAAGGCUUAUGUAAACUUUUUAACUUUGUUAUGGUCUUUGAAUAAAAACUACUGUGUGGAUUUAAGCAAAAUAAACUGGUUUCAACU